AUGCCCCGGGUCCCCCAAGCAGUGCGGGCCGGCCGGCGCUGUGCUCUAAUUCUCGCGAGGCCUCAGCAGCCUCCCCAAGGGACAGGGGCUCGGCACCUACAGCCUGCCAUGCCGGAGCCUCCCGCCCCCAACAUGGGCUUCAGCGCGGUCCAAGCCUCCCUGAGGAGCGCCGCCCCCUGCUCCGCGGUCCCCGGUUCCAUCGACCACCCAACGGCUGAGGAGUCCGGGCGCACGGUGCCGAACUGGCAGGCAGCUGGGUCUGCAGCGCCCGUGUGGGAUCCACUAGUUAUCCCAAUAGACCGACCCCAAGAGGGCAUUUCCGCUGAAGUCCGGGGCUGUAAAAAAUUAAGUGAGAAGAGCCUCGGUAAAGUCACACGUCGCCGUCACCCCAGGUACUACGCUGAUGCGCUUCGGGCCGACCAGGUCAAGGGGUGGAAGUUACACCUGGUGCAGCCCUCGGCUCUGAUGCAAAAGCAGCUUUUGCCCCAGGCUGCGGGACAGCGUUGUGACUACUCGCAUCGGGAGAGCUGCCGCCCGUCCCCACACCGUGCAGAAAGCGCCGGCGACUCGGGCGCUGACAAUGGUCUGCAGAGGGGAGCGGAGAGAAGCCUCUGUUCCGCCCUAGACCCGCCGCCUCGGCGCCCGCCCGCAGGGAGGAGGGGGCGCGACAAGUCAUCUAGCGCGUGCUCCGGAGCCCGCGCCCGGGUCCGGCCGCCAGGGAACCUAUAUGUCAUGGCUUGGCUGGGCACCCACCCAAAUCUCAUCUUGAAUUGUAUUUCCCACAAUUCUCAACAUGUCAUGGGAGGAUCCUGGUGGAAGCUGCUGCCCCCUCCAGGAUGGAAGGUGACCCCAGACGAUCAGCCUGCUGUCAGACAGAUGGCUGAUUCGCUUGAAGCUUUGUAUAAUACCAUGGGCUCAGGGUUUAUUACUUCCGCUGGUCGAUGGAGCACUCGGCAGUGACAACUCGGCAGUGACAAUGGCAAGAUCAGCCUGGAGAGGAAUAUGUUACUGUGCACACAGAUAGCCGUCAACCUGUUCACGACCUCGGUGGAGCAAGCCCUAGAGUGUCAAGACCUCGGUGGAGCAAGCCCUAGAGUGUCAAGCAAGGAGAUCACCGUGACCAUCUUAUUUUCUGGACUUAAAAAUAUUCUUGGCUGGGCGCGGUGGCUCACACCUGUAAUCCCAGCACUUUGGGAGGCUGAGGGGGUGGAUCACGAGGUCAAGAGAUCGAGACCAUCCUGGCCAACAUGAUGA